CAGACUACACGUACACGUGAGUAACACAAAUUCACAGAAAGUGUUUGCUACACGCAGAAAUAAGCGAUAUCAGACUCUUUGUAUUAGAUCAACAAAUUUUUUUAUCCAGAAAUUGUCAAUGUUACUAAAAUGAUUUUUCUUCGUAAUUUUUUGACUUUUUACACAAGAGGUUAGUUAGAACGAUUAAAUAAUUUUAACGUUUUACAGUAUAUCGAGAAACAAAAAUGGAUUUACAUUCAAAUAGUGCGGCAAAAAGGAUUGUUUGGGUUGAUUUAGAAAUGACAGGGUUAGAUGUUGAAAAAGAUCAUAUCUUAGAAAUUGCCUGUUUAGUAACCGACUGUAAUUUAAAUUUGAUCGCAGAAGGACCAAACAUAAUAAUUCAUCAACCUGAUGAAAUACUUAGUAAUAUGAAUGCGUGGUGCAUUGCUCAACACGGUGAGAGUGGAUUGACAAAGGCUAGUCGGGAAUCAAAUGUUUCUGUUCUUGAAGCAGAAAAUCAAAUAUUGAACUUUGUUAAGUCACAUGUUCCUGAAAAAAAGUGCCCAUUAGGCGGUAAUAGUGUCUACAUGGAUAGAAUAUUUAUACGUAAAUAUAUGCCUAAUCUUAAUGAUUAUUUACAUUAUAGAAUUAUUGAUGUUAGCUCUAUAAAAGAAUUAGCUAAGAGAUGGUAUCAAAAAGAAUAUUCGAGGAUACCCCAGAAGAAGUUUCAGCAUAGAUGCUUAAAUGAUAUUAAGGAAAGUAUAGAAGAGUUAAAUUAUUAUAGGGUAAAUAUAUUUAAACAAAAUGAAACUAUGCAAAUUGAAUAAUGUAAACUAAACCAGUAGUAGUAUAAAAUAAACUAUUUAUUUUAUACUAUAAAUUACCUAUGCUUGAAUUAGUAUUAUUUCAGUAGAAUUACUUAAAUUAUAAUGAAGGCAGACAUUACUUUGCUAGCUUAUUCAAUUAUAAAUGAAACAAUUUGAUGGAAAAUCUAUUUGUUAAGUAAAAAAGAACUUACAUAUAAUAAAGUACAUGUUAAAUUGUCUCUUGCCUUCAUUGUUUCCUCCUUACUUUUUUGAUCAGUAAAUUUGAAUCCUUAUUCAGUGAGGAAAUUAGCAUUCCUACUACCAUUCCAUACAUUUUGUACAGUUUUGUACAGUAGUUAUUUUAAUUUUUGGUUGUAUUCAUGUACUUUUUCUGAAUGUACAUAAAUACUUAAGUCAUAAAUUUUGUCUUGACAUCAUU